AUGUCUGUUCGAUACAGCUCAAGCAAGCAAUACUCUUGCUCCCGUAGUGGAGGAGGAGGAGGAGGAGGAGGAGGCGCAGUGUCAUCUCUCAGAGUUUCAAGCUGCAAGGGUGGAGGAUUUAGCUCAGGAGGGUUCAGUUCUGGCUCUUGUAGCCGGGGAAGCUCUAGUGGAGUCAGCUUUAGGGGCUCCUCAGGUGGCUAUGGGGGAGGACUAGGAGGAGGCUCUGGUGGAGGUGGCUUUUGUGGAAGCUUUGGGGGAGGCAGCAGCUUUGGGGGAGGCAGCAGCUUUGGUGGUGGCUAUGGCGGAGGCAGCUUUGGUGGCGGCUAUGGUGGUGGCGGCUUUGGUGGUGGCGGCUUUGGUGGAGGCAGCUUUGGUGGAGGCAGCUUUGGAGGAGGUGGCUUUGGAGGAGGUGGCUUUGGUGGUGGAUUUGGAGGAGAUGGUGGCCUUCUCUCCGGGAAUGAAAAGGUAACCAUGCAGAAUCUAAAUGACCGCCUGGCUUCCUACUUGGACAAAGUCCGGGCUCUGGAAGAAUCAAACUAUGAGCUAGAAGGCAAAAUCAAGGAGUGGUAUGAAAAGCAUGGCCACUCAGGCCAGCGAGAGCCUCGUGACUACAGCAAAUACUAUAAAAUCAUAGAAGAUCUUCAAGACCAGAUCAUCUCUCUAACAACUGACAAUGCCAAAAUCCUGCUCCAGAUUGACAAUGCCAGGCUGGCAGCCGAUGACUUCAGGCUGAAGUAUGAGAAUGAGGUAACCCUACGCCAGAGUGUGGAGGCCGACAUCAACGGCCUGCGCCGGGUGCUGGACGAGCUGACCCUGACCAAAUCCGACCUGGAGAUGCAGAUCGAGAGCCUGACAGAAGAGCUGGCCUACCUGAAGAAGAACCAUGAAGAGCAAAUGAAAGACCUUCAGAAUGUGUCUACUGGUGAUGUGAACGUGGAAAUGAAUGCUGCCCCAGGUGUCGAUCUGACUGAACUUCUGAAUAACAUGAGAAGCCAAUACGAACAACUUGCUGAACAAAACCGCAAAGACGCUGAAGCCUGGUUUAAUGAAAAGAGCCGGGAACUGACUACAGAAAUCGACAGUAACAUUGAACAAAUAUCCAGCUAUAAAACUGAGAUUACCGAAUUGAGACGCACCGUUCAAGGUUUGGAGAUCGAACUACAGUCGCAAUUGGCCCUGAAACAAUCCCUGGAAGCCUCCUUGGCAGAAACCGAAGGCCGUUACUGUGUGCAGCUGUCACAGAUUCAGUCCCAGAUCAGCGCCCUGGAGGAACAGCUGCAGCAGAUUCGAGCUGAAACCGAGUGCCAGAAUGCCGAGUACCAACAACUCCUGGAUAUUAAGAUCCGACUGGAGAAUGAAAUUCAAACCUACCGCAGCCUGCUAGAAGGAGAGGGAAGUUCCAGCGGCGGGCGCGGCGGCGGCCGCGGGGGCGGAAGUUCCGGUGGCAGUUACGGAGGAAGUUCCGGUGGUAGUUACGGAGGCAGUUCCGGCGGCGGCGGCGGCGGCGGCAGCUACGGCGGUGGAAGCUCUGGAGGCGGUGGCUACGGCGGCUCUAGUGGCGGCGGUUCCGGCGGCGGUCAGGGAGGUGGAUACGGCGGCGGCGGCAGCAGCUCCGGCGGCGGCCAGGGCGGAAGUGGAGGCUACAAGAGUUCCUCCUCUGCGUCUGGUGGAGAGUCCCCAACAAAAGGACCAAGGUCAGCAGAAACUAGCUGGGAUACUAACAAGACCAGAGUAAUCAAGACAAUUAUUGAAGAGGUGGCACCUGAUGGUAGUGUCCUUUCGUCUAUGGUUGAAUCAGAAACCAAGAAACACUACUAUUAA